UGUGGCAGUUGUGUUGACUGAAGCUUCUUGGAUGAGUGAGGAGGCUUUGUGUUUUUAGUUGGGCAACUGCAUGCUUUGAACAAUCCAUUGUUGUUGCCUUUUCACCUUCUUUUGUCUUUUAUCAUUUGGCAGUCACCCAUUCGUCGUAUGUCUUUGUCGCAUCUGCAAUGCUUCCUCUACGCCCCCUCUGUGCUCAAUUCCUUCCUCUUUACUACUCCUUAUAAAUACAAAUUGUCAUUGGUUUCAUUAACAUUUUUAAACUCUAGAUAAACCCAUGUGUCCAUUACAUGCACCGUCCGAAGUCACAUGGGUCAAGAGGGAUCGAAUUAAGGAGGCACAGUGAAGGGACAAGACAGCCAAACUAUCAAACUGAGGCAGACAUCACAUUUUCCUUCGUUUCUACUGUCCUGUAAGGUAUGAUCUUAUCAAUAGAAAAGUGAAAAAGGUAGAGUGAAAAAGUGAAACAUUUUUUUGAAAAAUAGCAUCUACUACCUCAUUUGUUGAUGAUAUUUAAGUAAGGGAAGGUUUUGAGAAAGAAUGUCGUCAGAGGCUGUCUUAUUUGAUUCCAAUUCAAACCACCCAUGCUGACCCCUAUGUGUAAUAAUGCAUGCUUAGCCUUCCUUUUGUUAGGUAGUUAAUGAGUUGAGAGGGCAAUGAUCAUCCUCAAGAAUUUGAAACCAAGAAACCAAAACAAAACAAAAGAAAAUGAAAUUGUUUGUGUUAAGUUACAAAUGUCAGAAUAAUUUUCGUGACCACAAAUCUUGUCGGAUGGAGGUGGGCAUCUUCGGGAACAGACACCAAAUUAUAAAACAAAGGGCUUUGCUCAUAGACUAUUGUGUAAACAAAACAGGACAAAACCAGCUUUUUCCUACAAACCCUCCCUUUUUAAACGUUAAGCAAAUCCCAUCUAUAACUCAUAACAACCUUACCUUUUCUCCAACUCUUUCAAAAUUUUGAAUAUAGAUAUAGAUAUUUAGAUAUAUAGUAGUAGAUAGAGAGAGGGAGAGAGAAACAUGGGUGGGCUAAGCUUGGCUUUUGCAGGCUACCCCAUGUGAGUAGCUGCAUAUUUCUUUUUUAUCCAUUAUUCCAAGUAGUCAAUGCUUUUGGGUUGGGACAGUGCGGACUCUGUUUGACUGCAAAAACAGUCACUUUCUUAUGCCACACUACUGCGUUAUAUCUAAAUGAUGAACAUUGAGAUUGAGAAGAGAAGGAGAGAGCCCUUUCUUUGACAACCGGACAGAGACUUCCUUCAUCGUCGAAGCUGCUUACUGUUGUUCACUUCACGAAUGGAUCUUCCCACUCCCAAAUACUUUCAGUCUCCUCCAAUAUUCGAAUCAAAUGGGGACCCGCCAUUGGAGGGCAGGAGAAGCUUCUAUGGUAAAACCAAGGACGACCCUUUUGCGGACACCUUCCACGAUCCACUUUGCAAGCUCAACCUCAAGGAAACUUCGGAGUUUGUCAAGUCAUUACCGAUGGUGAAUACUGUCACCUCCUCUGUUUCGACUCAGAGGAGGAGAGAUGGAGUCAACUCAGUGACUACUCAAAGACGAGUCACAGAGUCUCCCUCAACUCCUGGAAGGCCUGUUUUUGGCUUCAGCGUUGGAAACCUUUCAAGAAAGAAUGUCCCUUCAAAGUGGGACGAAGCAGAGAAAUGGCUUGUUUGUAGCCCUUGCAAUGACUCCCCUGCCCACUCGUUGAAGCCAUCAGAGCCAACAAAGAUAUCAAAGCAAGCUGAAAACUUCAAGCCUCAAACAGAGGUUUUCGCUGAGAAGUUUAGAGUAACGGAGGAAAAGGUUUCUAAAGCAGUCUCAAGCUUUCUUGGAUCUGCAACUUUGUGCAAAAAUAACAGCAACUCCUUAAGACCUUUCAAUGGCGUUUCUGAUUUACACCUAAAAGAUAAGUUUAUGGACAAUGUAGAGCCAGAUUUGCCGACGAAGGAAGGCUUUGUGUUCAGCAAUUCCGCCAUUAGCAAGAUGGAAGUUACGGGCGCCAUUGUUGAGGUUCAGCACAGAGACAUUGGAACAGAGAUGACCCCUUUAGGCAGUUCCACCACUUCAAGGUACCCAACUCCAUUCAAAAGCUCAUCCCCAGCUCGCCAUAACACGCCGGCGAACAGAUCCGGACCGCUCGGUCUGGUCGGCACCGGUGACGACGCCGACAAUACUAGCGCCACCAUCGACAUUACCCAGUUGCAGGAAUGCCAUUUGGCUAAGCUACAGCUUCCAUCUCAAUACGAUUCUGUUGCAUCGAAUUGGAGCUCGAGGGAAGAGGAGGAGGAAGAAAUUUCAAAAAGCUUGAGACACUUCGAAACGGGCAAUGAAUGUCGGAGAAGUAUAUCGGAUUCCAGAGCUGCAGCUUGGGAAGAAGAGGAGAAAACCCAGUGCUGUAAUAGUUUCAGAUAUCAGAGAGAAGAAGCCAGGAUACAGGCUUGGGUGAACCUGCAAAAUGCAAAAGCAGAAGCUCAAUCGAAGAAACUUGAGGUGAAAAUAGAAAGGAUGAGAUCAAAUCUAGAGGGGAAGCUGAUGAAGAGACUGUCGAUGGUACACAGGAAAGCAGAGGAAUGGAGAGAAGCAGCCAGGCAACAGCAUUCCCAUCAGAUUGAGAAAGCCACAGAAGAAGCCAAGAAGCUAAACUGGCGACGCCCUUAUUCACUACCCCACAACACCACUUCUUGUGGUUGCUUCCCUACCCACCAUUCAUAACACCCACUCAGAUACAACAAGCAACACAGAAUACUUGUAUAAUUUUUUUCUCUUUUUUAUUCAUGUUUUUUGAAAGAAAUGCAUAGAGCAAAUGGAAGAGAGUCACUUUCUUUGAGUUUCCAACAAUAUUAGAUAGCCUUUUGUUCCCCA